GACGCUAUAUCCACGCACGGGGCAACGGGGUUAUAAACUGAUACUCAAUUUUAGUGUGCAGUUCCUUAUUUCUACCCAGUCUGUUUUUGGGUCGCAUAGGUGCAAUUUAGCUGCUUUCAAUCUUUGUUAUAUUUUAUUCUUAUUUAUAUCACCCACCAAUGGCUAACGUUACACUCCGGGCAUUGCGGAAACUAUGCCGGCAUUCUCACCAUCAGGCAUGUAGUUUUCAUUUGUCAUCUUCACGACAAGAGGCUGUGAUCAUAUCAGGCAGGAAACUGUCACGGCAGAUCCGCAACGAGGCACGUGAUGACGUGGAGGAGUGGGUCACUGCUGGAAACCGACGACCUCACCUGAGUGUAGUGUUAGUGGGUGACAAUCCAGCCAGUCACUCGUACGUUCUCAAUAAAACCCGAGCAGCAGCAGAAGUGGGCAUUAGUAGCGAGACCAUCCUGAAACCUUCUAGUAUCAGUGAAGAGGAGCUACUUGACCUUAUUGAGAAACUCAACUCAGACCACAGAGUAGACGGUCUGUUGGUACAGUUACCACUUCCUGAUCACAUUGAUGAGCGACGUAUCUGCAAUGCCGUGUGCCCAGGGAAAGAUGUUGAUGGUUUCCAUGUGGUCAAUGUUGGUCGCAUGUGUCUGGAUCAGUCAACUAUGCUGCCUGCUACUCCUUGGGGGGUUUGGGAGAUUAUCAAACGCACAGGCAUACAGACGCUGGGUAAGAAUGUGGUAGUUGCUGGUCGCUCCAAGAACGUUGGGAUGCCCAUUGCAAUGCUGCUACACACAGACGGCAGACAUGAAAGGCCAGGAGGUGAUGCCACAGUGACCAUCUCCCACCGUUACACUCCCAAAGAACAGCUCCGUCAGCACACGCAGAUCGCAGACAUUAUCGUUGCUGCUGCAGGUAUUCCCAACCUCAUCACUGCUGAUAUGAUAAAGGAGGGUGCAGCAGUUAUAGAUGUUGGAAUCAACAGAAUAUUGGACCCCUUGACUGGGAAAAACAGACUUGUUGGUGACGUGGACUUUGAAGGUGUUAAAAAGAAGGCCAGCUACAUUACUCCAGUUCCAGGCGGUGUUGGACCCAUGACCGUAGCCAUGCUAAUGAAAAAUACAAUAAAGGCAGCAAAAAAUUUAAUUUUAACCCCCCCUCAACGUGUUCGAAUGGCAGCGUCCUCAUAACGUCCUCAUUCUCGGCUCACUCCACAUUCCACGCUGUGCUUCCCUCCGACUUCAUUUUGAGGGUCUCCUAGUGGGGGAAAAAAAACUAAACAUUUUUAAUGGCUAUUUUUGCUUUCCAUAGUCUAGUUAAAUAUAUUUAAAGGUUUAAGAACAUGAAUGUGCUUUUUCAUUCAGAUCUUAAACAAAACAUGCAUGUAUAUUUUUCAGUUACAUGGCCAAGCAUUAAACACAAGUUUCACUUUUGUUUUCACUGUUACUGCUUUGCGUUUUUGUAUGUUUAAGUAUUAUAAUAGGAGAUUGCCAGACAUUUUGCAGCAUAUUUAUGCAUAAAGAAACAUAAGAAAUGUGAACAAUCUAAAACAACUGAAGUCAGUGUUUAUACAAGUUCCUGUUGCACUGAUGUGGAUCUGUGGAAUGAGUCACAUGUCCAAUACUGGUCAAUACUUGUGAAUCAGCAUGCAAGAAAACUGUCCAAAUAACCUUUGCAACAACAGUUUAUUCAUCUAAGGAAUAUGUGUGACUGAAUUGACCAAUCGCUUCUUUUAUUUUAUUUAUUCCCCCCAUCUGGACUUUGAGGGUACAAAGAGCGAUGAUAAUGGUGCCAUGGUUAAGGAAAUGCAGAACUCUCACAGAAUGAGAGGAAAUUUGGCUGAAUUUGGAUGAAAACCCUUUGCUAGAUUGGUGUUUUUUUUUUUUUUUAGCUGUAUGAAUAUCGACAUGCCAAGUCUUAUUAAAAUUACAAUUGUUUUGCAUAUUAACAUGUAAUGUCUUCAAAGCACUACAAUAAAUGUAUCAUAUGUAAAUUGAUGUAUUAUUUGA